UUUUCCACGUUUUCAUUUUUAUAACAAAAACACACAGCUUUUCCCUUUUGUUCUGUAGGAAAAAUCAUCAUAGUGGAAACCAGAUGUCGUGUAGUGAACCAUGUCGUUUUGUUAUUUUAUUUUUCCAUUCAUUUUCUUAAUUUUUGUGAAUAGCAUCAGUUUUGUUUUAUAAAUAACGUCAUAUCUGAUUCCUUCACACUCUUAUCAUCUUCCCUAUUCUCUCUCUCUCUUUUUAAUUUCUCUUUCUUCAUCAACAAAGUUCUCUCUUUCUUUCUACAAUUCUAUACUCUCCAUAAUGCUCCCCAAAUUGAGCAGUCCUUUCAAGAGGAAGGAGAGAAAGGAUAAUUAUUCCAGUAGUUAUCUGAAGGGUAUUGGGUUAGGAAUUCUUGUACAUCGAUCACCAGAACCAAAUCUAGUGGUUAAACAAUCCAGAAAAUUGUCUCCUUCACUUGUUUCUAGUUCUAAUAAUAACCCAUCUUUUCUCAAAACAUGUUCUCUAUGCAACAAGAAUCUGGACCCUCAAGAAGAUAUUUAUAUGUACAGGGGUGAUCAAGGUUAUUGCAGCAUAAAGUGUCGAAAUCAACAGAUUGAUAUUGAUGAUAAGAGAGAAUUAGAAGCUUCCACUAGAAAAAUGGUGGCUGCUUACAGAAAAUGUCUUAAAAAUGAACCAAGAACUGAAACACGUCUCCUCCUAGAAGAUCUCCGGCAACAUAAUCGGCUUCCUCAUUCGAGAAUUCGACCAGUUGUUUCAUAGUCGAUUCUCCUCUUUUUUCCAAUCUUCUGCAAAUGGAAACAGUGUAAUUAAAAUGGUUAAGAAGAAAUAAAAGGAAAAAAAAAAAAGGAAGUUAGAUUUUAGUUGUCUCCAAUCCGCUGCUAGAUUGAUGUUGUAUCAAGGGGGGGAUAAAGGCUGUAAAUUUUGUAGCUCUAUGAAAACUCUUCAAUUUUUGGUUAAGA